ACUGUAAAUACCAGCUCUGUGCAAUCAACUUUGCAGUCAAGUUUGAAUCUGAAAGAAGAGAUCCAUCAAAACUUUGAAGAGACCACAACAAAAGUAAAAGACAUUAGCUCGUCAGGAAAGGUUGUGUUCUCUGAUUACCCAGAAUCUUUAGCAGCUUAUAGCACCCUGGAAGUUAUUCCUGUAUCAAAAUCUAGCACCACAUUGGUAAUGGAAGAAUACCAACCAACAACACCACUGCCUUCGAUCACGGCAGUAACAUCAGGGAUUCCUCUUAUCCAGUUGUCAGACCAGUCUAUCUCAUCAGCCUUUUUCUCCACUUCCAUCUUGGUUCACCCAGUAUCCUUUCUAAUAAAGUCUGACAUUCCUAUUCUGGCAUCAAGUGAACAAUCAUCUGAAGCUGUAAGUUCAUUAUUUUCUUCAUUUUCAGUCAGUAACUAUGGUAAAUGGCAGUCCACCAUAAUUAUAGUAUCAACAGAUCGGCACAGCUUGGAGACAGUGAAGGAUUACAGUGAAACAACUGUGCUGAAUUAUAUUGACAUGACAAGGAACCUUGUUAACAAUAUGGAAGGAGAAAAUGAGUUGUCGCCAAUUUCAAAUGACAGUGCAUUCAUAAGUAGCACAAGAGCGUUUGAAAACACUGGAGCAUUUUCUAUGGAUCAAGUUGCAACUUUGGAUUACAUUGCAUUAACACCAGAACUUGUUUCUGCAAGUUCAACAUCUGCCUUACCUUCACUGGCAACAUCUGACAUUGCUUUAUCUGAAAGUAAUGCAAUAAACAAUGGAGUGAUGCCAACUGAGUUUAAUGGGCCAAUGCUUUCCAUUCAUUUGAUUGCACCAUCUUCUAUGCAUGGAGCUCUACCUUCUUCAUAUGACUUGUUUCAUACAGAGGUUUUUGAGAAUGGUUUUGGAUCUGGUGAUGACCUGGAAAUCACAACACUCGGUAUAUCAAAGACUGCUGAGUUUGUUCCAACCUCCAGCUUGGUUAUUGAUUCAUUUGAUCCAGAUUUGCUAGAAUCCCAAGUCUAUGACACCCAUUUUCUAACAAGGCCAGUUCCACCUGUUUCCACCAGAUUCACAGCUUUGUCUGUGCCAUUGAUUUUCACAAAUUUCAACAGCAUCAGUCCUGCAUCUACCCAUUCUUUAAGUCAAUUGCAGUUUUCAUCAUUUGAAAAUAAUUUGGUUAUUAGCUCAGUUACUCCUCUAUUGAUGAGUGAAACCCCAAUAUUGGUACCUACAGUUAAUGAAAAUUUCUCAUUCAUUGUAGCUGACUUGAAUCUGAAACCAACAUUAUCGCUGAGUGAAAAUGCAAGUCAUCCUCCGCAAGUUACCAGUCAUUUAACAGAUUUUUUAGUAAAUUAUUCCCUUGAACCAACUAGUGGCCUAGACUCACCAAUGGAUUGGGUUUCCCCUUUAAGUGUCUUGUCAACAGAAUUGGGCACUGUUCUGUCGACAGAGCACUUGAGCUUAUUUGAACAGCAGCUAGAGACUUCAGCUAUGCCUGAGACAACAUCUCCUGAAACAUUAUUUAGUAUUUUAACUCAAGAGUCCUCAUUUCUAGAAUCAGAGCCUACAAUGUAUUCACUGGCAGAAAAUACUAAUAGUACAAAUCUUAUAGUAAUUCUAGAAUCUUCAUUCAGCAAAGCCUAUUCCAGUAGUGCUUCAGAAAUGACUUCUUUCUUUGAGAUUAUUUCACCUUCAGUUGAUGUGUUACAACCCACAUUAAUGCCAUCUAUUUUUGAAUCCAUUUUCACUGCCAAUAGCACCACAAUAGUUGAUCGCACUACUGAAAGUUUAGAGCAAACAUUUCCAAGUUUCAUUUUAGUCAGUUCCAGUUUUCCCACUUCUGCAAAUUCUAUCGCUACAGAUCCUUUAAUUGCUCUGAACUCUACUGUUGAAAUGCCAUUUUCUUUUUCUUCCACUUCAACCCCACAUACCUUUCCAGAUGUUCUCCCAUCAUCUACAGAGACACUUUGGAUUUCUACUUCACUCCUGUUGACUCCAUCUCCCCCACCAACUGAAAACUCUUCAAACCCUAACCAUGUGGAAACAUUGCCUGCAACAACUAUCAAAAUCCCAGGCAGCAAUCUCACAGCCACUCCAACCAGUGUCACCACAACUGCAGCAGCCAACAAUAUUGAUUCGAAACCCACUCUCCCCAUGACAACCAGAGCUACAGCUACUGCAACGACCAAGAAUUUUGUGUGUGAUAUAAAUGAACCUAAUUCCUACCGCGUGAGAGCAGUGUUUUCUGACAAGGUGACAGAUGUGGUUAGCAAAAUUAAGGAUGUACUGAGCCAGCAUUUCAAACGGGACGUGGAACUUCAGGUUAUUCAAAAGAAUCAAGAGUUCAUGUUCAUGGUGACGGCAGGUUCCAUUGUUUUCUCUGGUCCAGCGGUGCUCAAUUCUCUUUCCCAAACCACACUUGUUAGUGGCACCUCUCCACUUAUUCUUUCUCUCCAGCCAGCUCUGACUGCACCAGACCACCAGGCCAAUGUUCAAAUUGUUCUGCAAUUUGUCCCUCGUUAUGUUGAUGUGAGAAUUUGCAACUUCACUCAGAGAAUUGAGAAAGGACUGACAAUGGCAUUUGCAGAAGUGCGUCGAAGGCGACACAAAACUGAAGGCUUUGCUGUCCGGAUUAUAAAUGUUACCGAUACAGUGCAGAAUGUGGGAGGAUUGCGACAAGGUCCUGUUAAUAUAACAUUCGCUAUCUACAGCCAGCGUGAAUUUCUGAAUGGCUCUGAUGUGAGCGAUUUGCUGCGGAUAUUGAAUCUCGUGGAGUUUAGUUUUUAUCUGGGUUUUCCUGUCCUUAAGACAGCUGAGCCAAUGUAUUACCCUGAACUUAACAGGUCGCAUCUACUGAAGGCUUCUUGGAUAAUGACAGUUCUUCUGGGUGUGCAUGACAACCAUAUACAGGACAAGACAUUUCAAGCUGAACUCGAGCGAAAACUAGCCCAACUUAUCAGUGAGGCAACUGGGUCAGCGAGACGUUGGAAACGGGCUAGCACCUUGGGGAAUAACACCGUUCAGGUUGUGAAUAUUACGAAGGUUACUGGUGAUGGGAGCCCAGCUGAACUAAUUUACUUUGUGGAGAAGCAGAAUGGGGAGCGCCUUGAUGCAAAUGAAGCAGCCAACCUCAUCAACAAAGUAGAUAUACAGAGGGCAGCAAUUGUUCUAGGCUAUCGAAUACAAGGUGCAUUAGCACAACCGGUGGAGAGAGUGGCCACCUCAAUCCCAACUGAAGAAAAUAAGAAAUUGUGGAUCAUUGUGGCAGUGCUGGUACCUGUGAUUGUGGUCAUCACCAUCAUCGUGAUUCUGUACUGGAAGUUCUGCCGAACAGACAAGCUGGAGUUUCAGCCAGACACCAUGAGCAAUAUUCAACAGCGGCAAAAACUGCAAAUACCAAGUGUUAAAGGCUUUGACUUUGCCAAGCAGCAUAUUGGGCAACAUGGUAAAGAUGACAUACUGGUCAUCCAUGAAGGUCUGCCACUUCCCUCAGCAAAAGACAACUCGCCAUCUGAGAACGGUGAUGUAUCCAGUCCUCAGCCAAAGGCAGUCAAACUCUCCAAAGGGCUCAGACAGAGAAGUAGAGUUUCACCUUCAGAAGCUGAGUCCACAGCCAGUGAGCAAUCGAGUGGCAGAGAAUCUGUUGAAGAUAUUCCAAAAAACACUGCAAUUCCUAAUAGCGGUGGCAAUAGACACAUGGCGAUCAGAAAUGAAGCUCCUCCGAUUCACAAGUCUGAUGGACAGACUUCCUCUGCGUCCAUUUUUGACCAUGUUGAUCGGAUGUCGCGCGCACCUGAGGCAGGCAAGCGGCUACCUAGCAAAAUUCAACUGAUCGCCAUGCAACCUAUUCCAGCUGCUCCUUUGCAGAAUCCAUUACUUCCUGAGCGAGUGGCUGAAACAAACAAAAUCAAUAAAGAGGUUCAGAGAGCUUUGAGACAGAAAUCUGAAAUCGAACAUCACCGCAAUAAGAUCAGACUCCGAGCUAAAAGAAAAGGACACUAUGACUUCCCGAUCAUGGAUGAAGUUGGUACCAUUGAAGCAAAGGAACGACGCAGAGUCUACCGCAGGGCGCAGGUUCAUAUUGAUAGGAUCCUCGAUCCCAGUGUUGAUGCCCCGUCUGUCCCUCUGGAACCUCGGAAAAGUUAUCGUGGUAAAAGAUCUCCCCGGCAGAGACGGAGGCAUCAGGUGAAUGGCAACAUGAUGGAUGCAGAGAAAGAUAGGCUGAUAACCACAGAUAGUGAUGGGACUUACAAACCACCAGGAGUGAACAAUGCAGCCUAUGUUUCGGACCCUGACCUGCCUCCGGAGCCUAGACCUUACACUCCAUCACACACUCGCCCUCCCCCUCCCGCUCCCCCACCGUACAUCCCGCCACAACCAUCCAUUGAAGAGGCAAGGCAGCAGAUGUACUCUCUGCUGGACGAUGCAUUUGCUUUGGCAGCCCCAGGUAGUCCUGGAAAAGUCUUGUCAGCAGUGAGCCUUGGUCAGCCAGCCACCAGCACUCCCAUCAGGGCAAGCAAAGUUUCAGCUAACAACCACUGGACACCAGUGUAUGAACAACCCCAGAGUCUCAGCAAUCCAUAUAUAACGAGGUAUGAAGAGACAGGACCGAACCAAUCUUCUGCAGCAGGCCAUCUGCACAGUUCUGGAUAUAUUCGACCAGGGGACGAGAUGAGACAGGAGCAGUCCCAGCAGGAAAUCCUGUACUCAAACAGAUCCAUUUAUGCUGAGGAAUUUCAGACAAGACCUGCGGGCAGCAAUCCUGGAAUUCAUAUUUAUCCAGUGUCCCAAAGUCACCUAGAUGGCAAAAUGGGGGCACAGCCAGGGCAGAUGCGUGUUGGAAGACCUGGACCACAAGGAAUUGUGGGAUGGACACCAUAUGGUACUGAAGAUGGACUGGGGCUUAACGCUCAUAGCAGAGAACCUCCAAGUCCCCGAGGGCACCAGGAAUAUGUGUCACCACUCUUUCAAAUGCAGAGGACCUCCCUCCGUGAUCCUUCUGCACCAUCCUUGCACUUGCAGCAUUGCAAUGCUCAAGAACCUGGAGACAGCUUUCGCUCCAACCAGGAUGACCUGAUAUCUGGCCAGUCCUCUACAUCGCUCAUCAAAGCCAUUCGUGAAGAGCUUCUCAGACUUUCGCAAAAACAGUCUGCAUUUCAGAACCUCCACAGCUGAUCUUGGCAAGGAGGAGCUCUGUGCUAUUUGCUUCCCAUGGAAGCCAACUGGAUAAAUCUGCAAUUAUAUUUCUGAAGAAGAGGCACUAAACGGUGAAUAGUACCACUGACAUGUAAAAAUAUUCAGCACAAUUAGAGUUUGUUUUAACAUUGUGCUUCCGAACCAAGCUGGCGCCGCCAUCGGUUUGCAGCCUGUGAGCUGAAACUAUCCAUUCUGUGGAAAUUAAACAGUAUUUUGUGUAGCUGGAGAUGGGUAUGAAAGUUGUCCAGGUAGUUGCUGUAAAAACUUUGUAAAUUUCAUUCAGCAAAGCAUGAACAAACAUCACCAGCAAGCAAAAGGAGAAAUUCCCUUGCCACGUUGGGUGCUAACUUGUCUAAUUUGGUUGAAUCCCAGCACCACUACCUCCCCGCCCUCCCCCUCCCCUCCCCAUCCCCCAACCAAGCAUGAUUCUUACAGCCCAGUGAGUGCUAUUCUGUCUGAACUUUGAGAUGUAAGAAUUUAGGUAAAUAGAAUAGACAAGUUAAUCUCUAAACUAAAACUAAUGAAAUGGCAUGUGAGAGUAGACUGCUUUGAACAAUGCAAAGAAAAGAAGGUGAAAUAUAUGAAGGAAAAAUAAAGAUAUUAAGUUUUGAGCAAUUAGACGAAUAGCUUUUUCAUAGAUGUGUGUGUGUGCAAGAUGGGAAUUAGAUUUGAGCAAAUAGGUCAAUGAAGGUUUGAUAGGUUACCUAUAGUUUUUUAAUUGAAAGUUGAAGAGAUGUAGCUUGGACAGAUAUUAAAAAUGUUAAGAAUAUGGACCAUGAUUAGCUGAUAUUGAGCAUGGGCUGAGUUGGAAGUCUAAAUCAGAUAGAAUAAUGCAGUUCUUAAAAGCAAAAGAAAAUUAUGAUAUGAAACGUGAUGCGAAGGUCUUUGUUUGGAGUGCAUUAUUAAUGGAGUUAGGUAGAAAUAUCAUUGUAUGUUGAUUUUGGGAGAUGUCUGAAUAGAGAAUAACUGAGGUGUUUUUAAUUCUUUCUGGAGAAGAGAAUUGGAUGUAAUAAUUGUACUGGGUUGGUUGAAUUUCAUUGUACAACACUACUAAAAUGGCACAAAUGCAUUGUUCUUGCACACAAUGUAUUCAUAUCCUACCAAAUCAGCACAUGAUCCCAUUUUGUAUAUCACUACAAAAAAAAGACUUAAUGGAGAAUCAUUGCAAAUGGCUGUAACAUAUCAACAGCACCACUUGUCUUACUUGCUUUCGCUAAUUACUUACCACUUCACCAUAGUAGAGUGAGAUGCGAUGUACUUCCAUGCUGAAUGGGAUGAGUUAAAGGGAAUGUUUUGUGGACUCCAGGUCUUCAAUUAACCCUUUUCACUGGCACUCCUUGAAAGCACUAACUGUGUUAUUAAGAUUGACCGUGACCAGCAUUACUGGUUUGCUGUGACUGACUAAAUCACUUUCUGUGCUUUCCAAGAAGGGUUGCAGGACGUCUCUGACAGUAUUUUGAAGAUCAAAUUCUACGAUUCACCCCCAUUUUUACCUGGCCUUGCUUUUAAAAUGUAUGGGUGCUCCAGGCCACAGUCUUGUGAUUUUUAUCCUCGUAGCCAGUGUUUGGGUGCAUUCUACUCAUUUGUGGCCUUGAUAAUGACCAAUCUCAAUGGUACAGUAAAUAUAUAGACUUUCUGCAAAUGGAACAGUCACAGUUGAAUUAAUAAAACUAGUGCAAAUCAUCUGGAUGAACUAAAGCAAAUUAUCAGUGGGCAUUCAGAAUUAUCAUUAGUGUUAUCCUUCUCUCCAGUGUUUUUAUUGGGUGAUGUCUCUUUUGUAACAAGCAAACUAUUUAGUGCCCAUUGCAAUAGUAAUCUGACUUUAUAAUUACCAAGAUAACAUAUAUCAAUCAACUGAAUCACAGACCGAACAGAAAGCUUUUCUGUUUGCUCACAAUAUCAUUAACACACUUGUUUCAUGUGUAUGCUCCUUUAUUGGGAAUAAGGUGUGGGACCUGUUUGUGUUCUUGUUUUUAUUUUGAUCAGAAGUGUUGGCAGGCCCAACAAUAUUUUGAGUUUUCUAGUUGUAUUUAUUUUGCAUGUCUUUCUACUGAUUGCUCUCUCGAAAUGAAAUAUGAUACAAUGUU